AUGGGAUUUUCCACAUUCACUGAAACUUCCAAUAAAGUGGGUAGCGAGGAAAGCGAGCGGAUCCCAGUCGGCCCGGGGUUCAGCUCCCACGGGCCCCCGCCCACCCAGCGCCGGGGCGAGGGAGGAAGCGCGCCGGACGGAGGGCACGGCGACCGGCGGAGGAGGAAAGCCAGCCUUUCCUCCCUGGGCCCGGCGCCGGCGGCCGGGGAACCUGCAGAGGGCGGCUUCUCUCCUCUUUUCCUGUCCCACCCACCGGCCGGCCCCCACCCCACCCCGCCGCCGGCCUCCCCGCGCCUCCCCGGGGCUCCGGCGUCGGUCCCGGCGGGAGUGCGGCCCCGCGGCCCGCCCCCUCGGCUCCCAGGACGCGCGGAGCGGCGCCGGCCCCGCCGCAGCCCGUCCGACUGGAAAGGUGAGCUCGCGGGGCGGGCGCGGCCGGCGCCCACACUCCGCCGCACCCCGGCCCCGGAGGAACCGAAACCGGAGCGCCGAGCGCGGCCCCGGCGGAGGCCCGGAGCGCAGCGCGGCGCACGCCGGAGCCGAUCUGCUCCUGCCUCCAGGUGCCCAUCGCUGGCGGCCAUGACUAGCCUCCCGGUCACACCUCCAGCUCCUCCCGGUGCCCAUCCGCUGGCCGCCAUGACCGGCCUCCCCACCACGCCUUCUCCAGCAGGACUGAUCACCACCGUUCGGCAGGUCACCGCGGCCCUGUCCCCUGAAGCUGAAGCCAGCACAGCACUCAUCGCAGUUGUCAUCACCGUGGUCUUCCUCACCCUGCUCUCGGUCGUGAUCCUGAUCUUCUUUUAUCUGUACAAGAACAAAGGCAGCUACGUCACCUACGAGCCGGCCGAAGGGGAGCCCAGCACCAUCCUUCAGAUGGAGAGUGACGCGGCCAAGGGCAGGGAGAAGGAGGAAUACUUCAUCUGAGGCCCCAGGAGCUUCUCCAGGCUCCAGUGCUGACACAGUGACUAUUUAACUUAUUAGGUGCACGUUUUAUCCGAAGCCAGUGAGAAGCAUUGAAUGGGCAACCCUGAGCUCCUUCCAGGAGGAGGCCCAAGUCCAACAUCACGGACAGUAGGGACCAGGGACAGGGAGAAAGCUGCUGAUGUCUUUAGACAGGAGUGUUUGUCACUGACCAAGGCGGCGGGGCUGUACCAGGCUGCAUUUCAGUAUGUGCCCAGUCAUCUCCAGGUUUUUCUCACAAGUCACAGGGGAGGCGUGAGGUCACUGGCGGCUGCUCUGUUCCCUACCUAGUGACAGCCCCAGCGGAGGUAGUGUCCACAGGAGUUCUUCCCAGAGGCUGAUACCCCAACAAAAGGCCAGGCGUGCGGGGUAGAAGACUAGAGAGAUACCUUACCUGCUAGUGAAUGUGCAUCGUCCCUUAAUCUGAGCCCAUCCUUCCCCUAUUCCCCGGCCUCAUACUUAAUGCUAUUUUUAUCACAAUUAAAAUUUUUCAUUAAGAAAUCAUUCUCAUGUACAAGAAAUAACUACUUUUUUU